GCACGUAGCUGUCAGAGUUGCGAUAGGAAAUACGGACGGGAGGGCUAGUGUGUGUGUGUAUGUGUGUAUGUGUCAAAAUCUCACACAGGCUAAAAGAAAUAGAGUGAGUGUAGGAAAUUACACGACGCGGGCAACGAAAGUUAUCGAAUGAGUAAUCGCGACUCGAUUUCGUGAGAAAGUUAUAGUGACUAGCCCCGCAGGCUAAAAACUAACGAUGCCUAGUUAGAUGUUAGCCAGUUAGCUAGACGGCUAGCUUUGGCAGACAUUUGUCUCGCCAACCCUUUUUCGCCUUCUGUCUCUGCCCUCUCGACUGGCUUUACUCACCGGCGGGAGGGGCCUGGGUAACAGGAGCUGUGGAGGGGCGGGCAGCGAUCUAGACCCCCCCUGGGCUCCCAGGCGGACGUAACAGACUGUACACACCGGCCGUGGGCAGUGGCAGCAGGGAGCCGCUAUGGCUGACAUCUCCACCCUCACCCCUUCUCCCCCGGGUUUGGGUGACCCCCGCACCUCCCCAACCAUUCCGCACCCCCCUAACCCCCCUCCACAUCCCACAUCGCCUACAGACCCCCUCAAACAAACCCCCGUCCCCAAGUCUGCGUUGUAUGGCGACCCCUCUAUGAUGGUACCCCCUCUGAAAGCACGAACUGGAGUCAGAGAGACUCCUGGGGAGUCUUCGCCCAAAACUCUCCUGCCGGAAUCAGCCGGGGACAGCGUAGCCUUUCCGCCAGCGGACCGCUCCAAGGCAGCGGACGAAGGCAGAGAUGGGGCUGAGAAGGGCAGUAGGGAAGGAGCAGUAGCGUUUUCUCCCUCUCAGCCAGCGGAGCUCCAGGGCAAACCAGAGGCAGGAGAUGGGAAAGGCCCAUCCCCUGAUCUUAAUCCCAGCCCUAAUCUCUACCCCAAUGUUAAUGUCAGCCAGACCCCUAAUCCAGCCACUGAACCCCUACCCCCCAGUCCUCCCCCAGCGUUGGCCGCCAUCUCCUCCCAGCCCCCCACUGACGUCACCCCAGCAGCGGGCACAGCAACAGCAGAAAAAGCACAAAAUCCCCAGCAGCCGCAAGACCACAACCCCCACCAGCCCAUCCCUGACCAACCGCAGUCCCCAGGCUCCCCCAGAAGCGAGCCUUGCGGCCCCAUCCCGCUCGUCCAGGAGCCAGCCCCGUCUCUCGUCCUGCCGAACCCCCACUACCGGCCGGCCCCGGACACCCUGAGCUACCUGGAGUCGGCCAGCCUGAUGUCGGGCACCCUGGAGUCCCUGUCGGGCCUGGGUGAGGACGGCAGCUCCGUGGGGUCGGACUCCGAGGUCAACGGGAUGGUGCUGCGGCGCACCGACAAGUACGGCUUCCUGGGGGGCACGCAGUACAGCGAGGGCAGUGAGCGGGAGAUCAGGGUGGACGUGGCAAGACAGAGAGAAAUGAAGUGGCUUGAGAUGUUCAGCAAUUGGGACAAGUGGGUCUCCCGACGCUUCCAAAAGGUGAAGCUGCGCUGCAGGAAAGGAAUCCCCUCGUCUCUCAGGGCCCGAGCCUGGCAGCUGCUCUCCAACAGCACCGAGCUCCUGGAGUCCAACCCCGGCAAGUUCGAGGAGUUGGAGAGGGAACAGGGAGAUCCGAAAUGGCUGGACAUCAUUGAGAAGGACUUGCACAGACAGUUUCCCUUCCAUGAGAUGUUUGCUGCACGCGGAGGACACGGGCAGCAGGACCUGUUCAGGAUACUAAAGGCCUACACGGUGUACAGGCCAGAUGAGGGUUACUGCCAGGCCCAGGCCCCCGUGGCUGCUGUACUGCUAAUGCACAUGCCAGCGGAGCAAGCCUUCUGGUGUCUGGUGCAGAUCUGUGAGAAGUACCUACCUGGCUAUUACAGUGCUGGACUGGAAGCGAUCCAGCUGGACGGGGAGAUCUUCUUCUCCCUGCUGCGCCGCGUCUGCCCCAUGGCCUACCGCCACCUGAAGAAGUUUAAGAUCGACCCCAUCCUGUACAUGACCGAGUGGUUCAUGUGCAUCUUCUCCCGAACCCUGCCCUGGGCCUGCGUGCUGCGUGUCUGGGACAUGUUCUUCUGUGAAGGCGUGAAGGUGGUGUUCCGGGUGGGGCUGGUGCUGCUGAAGCAGAUGCUGGGCUCGGUGGAGAAGCUGCGGGAGCUGCAGGGCAUGUACGAGACCAUGGAGCGGCUGAGGAACAUCCCGCACGAGAACGUGCGCGAGGACGUGCUGGUGCAGGAGGUGACCUCGCUGGCGGUGUCGGAGGCUCUAAUCGAGCGGGAGAGCAGCAUCCAGGUGCGUAAGUGGAAGGAGUCGCGGGGGGAGCUGACGCACCAGCCGGGCCGCAGGCUGCACGGGACGCGCGCCCUCCACGAGCUCAAGCAGCGCUCCGCCGCCAUCAGCUCGGGGGGCAGCUACUCCUUCCUGGGGGGCCCUGCGCCCCCGCCGGGCCCGCUCAGGGCCUCCUCCAGCCUGCUGUCGCUGCCAGGCUUCCGCAAGUCCAAAGCCCCCUUCCGGUCGCCUGCCAAGAAAGGCUCGUUCUCGGGGAGCUCCGGGUUCGAGCCUUUUCAGACGCAGAAUUUCCCGGGGCAGAGCUCAGCCGAAAUGCUGACCCGUAAGCCGUCCUCUAGCUCUGUCGCUGGAGCUCAAAGUCAGACCCAGACUCAGAGCCCUCUGGUAGGGUCAGCCCGUGGCUCAGCCCAAGGGCCCAUUCAAAACACAGUGGCAACCCCCCCACAGAGUGGAUCAGUUGCCCCUGCACAAAACCCGGCUCCACCACAGACCCUCUCACCCACUCCCAAAAUAGUCUCUGAGCAAAUCACCCCCACCAUCCCGUCCCCCACCGCCAAUAACACCCCUCUGCCACCUUCCGUGGGCGGAGGCAAAGGAGGGGCCGCAGCGGCAGCGGCAGGAGAGGAAGAGGGGAAGAAGAAGAAGAGGAGCAAGGAGGAGAAGAAGAAAGAGAAGGAAGAGGAGAAGCAGAGGGCCCGAGAGCGGAAGGAGAAGGACAAGGCCGAGAAGGAGAAACAGAAGAAAGACAAGGAGAAGAAAAGGGAGAAAGGGGGCAAGAAAAAGGAGAAAGGAGGGGGUAGUGAGGCAGAAGAGAAGAAUGGAGCCAUGGCACCGAAAGAUUCAGCCUAAUUCUGAGAGGGAAACAGGGCAGAACUCAUCCUGUCAUCCACACAGACAAAAGGGUACAGUGGAACAAAAGAAGCCAGGGGAAAGAGACAGAUAAAGAGAGAGUGGAAGUAGGGGGCUGUUGUAUAUAAUGUAUUUGAUCACGGAGACUACAUAACGUUACUAGCUUUGGACAGUUACAAUGGCUAUAACUGGAUUUUAAUUUAUAAACAUCCUUCUGACUGUACUCUUGAACUGGCUCCCCCAUACUUCUCAUAAUAAUCAGAAUGGCACAAUAAUACAUGUUCCACUUCUCUCAACCUAAACAAGAACUGUGUGGCUCCAUACAGAUUGUGAGUAACGAUCUAAUCUUCUGAUUUUCUUACUUGUGUUCUUUGAAGGACAAAACUUGCAUAGCGCCGCGUGGAAUUUUUGAACUCAGAGUUGGGCACAAUUGACAGGGAUCCACAUGUGUGUAAAUAGACCGCCCAUUCCGCCAUUGAAGGACCCCAUUUGCAACCACACCCACUCAUUUCCUGUCUGCGUGGGUAGGUUGGUUGUCUAACCGGAAUGCCUAAAAAAAGAAAAAAAAACAUUGUCGGGUUCAGCCUCAGAACCCACCAUGCCCCUCAUGACGACAAUAGUGAUAUCGGCUCCUCUGGAGGAUGUAUUUAUUGUUGAGUGUUGUGACUGCGUGUUUUCGUAGUGUAGUGGAACCUGUUCUCUGUCUCCCUAACCGGUCUUGUUGUGUCUCUCUCUUUACCUUUCUUUUCUGUAUUUCUGACCCUCCACUGUUGUGCAUCUGUCCCAAAGCAGAGAACACUCCCUCCAUCUCUCGCUGUGAUGGAGCGGUACUAGAAUAAUUCAGAGACUCUGUAAUAGAGGGAGAGAGGGGGAAAGGGUUCGUCAGAUCGUUUGUAACUGGUGUGCAAAUAAUCCCAGCCUAACUGUUAGAUGUGGUGUUUUAGGCUGUCCUAACAAGAGUUUGUUACAAUUUUUGAAUCAUCUUUUUCUUUAAAUGAUUUGUUUUUAACAUUUCAGAGUCUGUUAGUUCUGUAGUUCCGUUCAUUUGUGUAAGUUUACAGUAACAUUGAGGGGAAAAAAAACUAUAGUUACUUACAAAAAAACUAUCUCCCUGUUGCUUAAGAAAGAACUCAUCUCCCUUUAUAGCUAUAAAAUAACUGGAACUCAAAGUAAGCCAAAUAAGCAGAUUUGUUACUACACACUUAAUUAGUCAAAGCUCAGUCACAUUUAGCCUGACAUUAUGUUCAAGGCUCAUCUUCUAAAGAAUGCUAAUGAAGUCCAUUUUCUUCAGACUCAAAUCUACACUCCAAUGUACUGGGGAUAAGAAAUGUCUGGGAUGGUGAAACCUUGCGAGUUUUACUGAAUGAGUAGGUGUAGAUAUUGAUCUCUAGCCUCUGCUUUAAAAACAUGAACAUGUUAAGAGUGUAACAACGUCUUAUCUGUUUACAAAGUAUUUAUGUGUUUGACCUGAUAUUAGUGAGCUGAUCAUUAAUAGAUUGAAUUUCUGUACUACCAACUUAAAGGAAUAUUACAGCACACUACUAGUGUGUGUCUGAGGCUAUGACAUUUAAAAAUAAUUGCACCAACCUAAUCUUAAUUUAAAUGAUGCGCCACGAAAGGACCGAUCUCAUAGGUAUUGGAAGUGACUUGUGUUCAGCUCAUAUUGUCUGCUCAGACUAGCUCCCCUUUCACCUGAGAAGCACUUGAGCUUUGUGUCUGUAGUGUAAUGUAGCAUUAACCUCGAGCAGACACCUUUGGGCUGUAAUAUAUUUAUAUAUGAAGUUCAUUAAUUUAAUCAGAUCCUAUAUAUUGUGUAUUAUUUUUACUUUGAAUGUGAUUAUUUUUCUAUGCGAUCAAAAAUACCUGCUUAACUGGAAUGAGGGUAGGUUUAGGAGUCCCAGUGUUAAGGCCGUGUCAAAUAGCUUUUGAGUGCACAAAGAAUUUUUUUUCGCACGUUCCCCUAAAAGGCCUAUUUGUGCAGGAGCACAGUCCAAGGUGUACUUUCCUGAACCAACAAUAGGGGGCGACAACAGCUUUCCAUCAACUGCAGUCCUGCCUCUUUCAGGUUGUUGCCAUUUGUCAAGGAGGUUACCAUGGAAGGCUGUUGGCCCUCUCUCUGAUUGGUACUGAGAACAGUUACCCAACCUGUGCUGCCGUCAUGGCUAGCCAAUGAAUAGUGUAUUUAUUUUUUAGAUGCCACUGUAUCCCCACUGCUCCAAUGUUCAGUUUUAGCAGUAUUAGAACAAUAUGAAAGGAUCAAAUGCUGGGGGAGGGGGUUGAGUGUAGCAAUUGACGGUGUAGUAUGAAUAGUGCAAAGUGAAUGCUAAAAGUUUGCUGAUUUUUUACCACAGUUUAGAAAGGUUGCUUUAAUUAACAGAGGUGAAAAUGAAAGAGGUUUGAAAAAUGGGUGGACAGCAUUGAUUUACGUAGUUUGGUUGUCAGGCGCUGGGAGAGAGCAUUUGAUUUAACUGGGAAGUCUGAUUCAGUUGCAUACAAAGGCGCUGAAAGCCUCAGUAUUAGCCAAAUUGAAACCUGUGUUUGAACAUAAUUAAAUAGUCUAUCCCAGUUUGUUGCACCAGAGUAAUUAAGGCCAGUACUCGUGUCACACUGUAGUUUGCAGUUGUAGGCAGGGCUCUGUAUUUAAUUUAAGGGUCCAGACCCCUUCUGUGGGGGUUGGGAGGAGUUAAGUCCUGUGCUGCUGUCUCAUCGAAUGAGGUAUGCAUGUAUCCAGUCCUGGAAAAACCCAACUGUAAUUAAGGGUUUUGAUAUUUGUACUGUUUCAAACAAAUAUUGAAGAGACUAAAGAGAUUAAGGGAAGUGUUAAUCAAGUUAAAUUCAACAUGUGCAGAAAUGGAAAGAAUUUGUUUAGUGUGGUGUAUGUUAUUUUAUUUAAUCUGGACUUAAUAUUUUAAUAAUUUUAGUUGUGAUUUUGGGUUGCAAACUAAACGCCAGAGAUGUAUAAUAACCAAGACAUUAACUAACUCAUAAUGAUUUAUGAAGUGUUUUAUGCAUUAGACACUAUUUUGAUCAUGGCUGAUCAAUAGUGUUGGUGAGUUACUGUAAUACUGAAUACCGGAAAUGGCAGAGUGCAAUGAUACGGUACUCUCUGCCAUUAGUACCAUUAUAGAUGCAGUUCAGGUUAUGAGGGAUUUGCAAGUUGUCACCGUAGCCAAAUUUUAAGGGUCCUGUGUCUUCCACGGUCCUAGUCGGUGAAGUUGUUCCAUUUUGUUGGCAUUCUGACACUCACCACUUUGUGUUAGCCUACUGUAGACCACACUGCACAGGAAUGAAUGAAACUGCAGGUGGAGAAAAGGGGGGGGGCAUGUUUUCCUUGUAUGCAUUUCCUGAACUUACGGCACAGUCAUCUCUGCUGUUGAUAAGUGAGGGGAGGUCCAGCUCUACAUGUGGUGGCCACUUUGCCCUCACCUCCUCUCCUGACCUGGGUUUUUUUCCCUUUUGAUAAUGUUGUGAGGAGUCCUACAUGAAUACUAUAUAAACAUUCAGAACGCUGAUACCAACAGACAGAGGCUUUCACAGGUGUGAUAUAUCUCCGUAUAGUAUGUGGCAUCAUCAG